AUGGGAAACACAUUAGAUCAAUCAUACGUCACUAGAUCGGCCUGGAAGCCGGACAUUUUCAAAGGAAAAGUCGUCUUUGUCACCGGUGGUGCCGGUAGCAUUUGUCGAGUUCAAACUGAAGCAAUGGUUCUCUUGGGGGCCAAUGCUACAAUUAUCGGAAGAAACGUGGCAAAAACUGAAACUACUGCUAAAGAAAUCGAAAGCUUACGUCCAGGAGCUAAAGUUAUCGGUUUGGGUAACGUUGAUGUCCGUGAUGUCAACAGUUUGAAAAAGGCGGUUGAUCACACCGUGGAACAAUUAGGGAAAAUUGAUUAUGUGAUUGCUGGUGCUGCGGGAAAUUUCUUGUGUGACUUUAACCACUUGUCUAGCAAUGCGUUCAAAUCUGUUAUUUCCAUUGACUUGCUUGGUUCUUUCAACACCGUCAAGGCAUGUUUUGAACAAUUGAGAAAGAACAAGGGAGCCAUUAUUUUUGUUAGUGCAACCUUGCAUUACUAUGGUGUGCCAUUCCAAUCUCACGUUGGUGCUGCGAAAGCUGGUAUUGAUGCUUUGAGCAAUGCCCUUGCAGUUGAAUUUGGUCCCUUGGGUAUAAGAUCUAACUGUAUUGCCCCAGGUGCGAUCGAUGGUACUGAAGGUAUGGCUAGAUUAGCGCCACCUUCGGCGACUCCAUUUGUUAAUAAGAUUCCAUUACAGAGAAUGGGGACUACUGAAGACAUUGCCGACAAUACUGUGUAUUUGUUUUCGCCUGCUGCUAGUUACAUUACUGGUACAAUUUCUGUAGUAGAUGGUGCCUGGUGGCAUAUUGGAGGAGUUAUGGGUGAUUUGUACCCAUCUAUUGUCGAACAAGCCAACAACGAUCCAGAGACAAAGUUGUAG